GAAAGAUAAGUUAAUAGCAUUAUAUCAAAAUUUUAAUUUAAUUUCAUCAGUUGCGCCACAAAAGAAUAUUUAUGGCUCCGUCCAUGAUUGUGUUAUCCCAAAACAGCCGUCACUCUUUCUUGGAAAACAGGAUUGGGAUGAUUCCAAGUUGGUUGAAGAUACAGUUAUUGUCUUAAGACCAAAUGGACUCGACACUGCAGGUGCCCUACCUCUCCACGUUCCAUCUUCCUAUUACUUUUCCCACUGGACCUUCCAUCUGCCUAUCAUGCACCAGCUGCUUAUAUGUGCCAUGAAAAUAUCUCACUAAACUCUGCCAUCAUUUAUCAUCCAUGGCUAGGAUCCAGGAAUACGUUCAUGUUUUCCCUGACCUUGUCGAACCUGCCACUGCGUGUUAUACGAUGGCAGCGAUUGCAGGCCUUGUUUUCAUGUAUCUUGUCCGCAAGAGAGAGCCAAGAAUUUAUUUGGUAGACUUCAGCUGUUACCAGCCACCAAAAUCUUAUAGGCUGCCGACGUCCAUGUUCCUAGAGAACGUCCUUCUGGACGGCACAGACCCUGAGAGCGCAGCAUUCCAAAUCAAGAUCCUCGAGAAAUCUGGGUUCGGCGAGGAGACUAGCAUUCCUCCGUCUCUCACUUGCUUGCCUAUCAAGAAAUCACUCCAAUUUGCGAUGGAAGAGGUCAAAGCAGUGAUGUUUGGUGCAGUUUCAGACUUGUUCAACAAGCACAACAUAAAGCCUAGAGAAAUUGAUGUUCUGAUUUCUAACAGCAGCUUGUUUUGUCCCACACCGUCUCUCAGCACUUUGAUCAUCAACAAGUUCGGAAUGAGAAGCAAUAUCAGAAGCUUUCACUUAUCCGGGAUGGGAUGCAGCGCCGGACUUAUUGCAGUUGGACUAGCUAAGGACUUGCUGAGGGUUCACGAGAACUCAUUGGCUUUGAUUGUCAGCACUGAGGGAUUGCAUUUGAAUUGGUACACCGGAAAAGUACCGUCCAUGUUGCUCACUAAUUGUUUGUUUCGGAUGGGAGGAGCGGCCGUGUUGAUGUCCAGUCGGAAUCAAGACAAGGGCAGGGCAAAGUAUGAGUUGCAGCACCUUGUGAGAACAAACAAUGCACAAGAUGAUCGGUCUCAUGCCUGUGUGUUUCAGGAUAUAGAUCCCGAGAACAAACAGGGGAUUUCGAUAUCGAAGGACAUACUCCAUGUUGCUGGAGACGCAUUGAAGGCAAACAUUGGUGCUCUGGGACCAUUGGUUUUGCCACUUUCGGAGCAGUUUCGAUAUGGGGUUUCAAUACUCAGCCGAAAGGUAUGGAGUGGGAGGAGGAAGAUUAACGUACCGGAUUUUAAGAAAGCUUUCGAGCAUUUCUGCAUACAUGCUGGGGGGAAAGCAGUUAUACAAGGAAUAGAGAAAAACCUGGAGCUGAGAACAGAAGACGUGGAGGCCUCAAAGAUGGCCCUGUACAGAUAUGGAAACACAUCGUCUUCUUCGAUAUGGUACGAGCUGAGUUACAUAGAAGCGAAAGGAAAGAUGAAGAUGGGCGAUCGGGUGUGGCAAAUUGGGUUCGGGAGCGGCUUCAAGUGUAACAGCGCAGUGUGGAAGUGUAUUUCCGAUGUGGGAGCUGAGAGUGCAAAUGUGUGGAGAGAACUAAUCCAUUCAUAUCCCAUGGAGGUUCCAAACUGAGAGAGUACAUGCAACUUUAGUGUUUAAAGCUCAAAAGACCAAACACAACAUGUAUAAUGUAAUGUAAUGUAAGGAGCCUGUAGCUCAAUCAGCUGAAGGCAUUCACCCUUGGCACCCGAGGUGCGUAAUUCAAAUUCCCCCUUCCCCAUGUUUCCUAACAUGUUC